AUGUCCGACACCGACGACUCUGCCCAAGCUUUGCCUCGUCCGUUCGCGUGGGAUCGCCUGCCGGAGGAGCUCCAGCUGGAGGUUCUCUCCAACCUCGACUACUUCGAACUGAAGGAGGCGAGAGCGAUCAGCAGGCACAUCAAAGACCUAAUCGAGACCGAUUCCUCCUUCGACUCGCGCCUCUUCCGCCAGAAGCCGCCCAUGUGGCUCGAAACAGGAACUGACAUCGAAGUGCAUCCGAUGAUCCACGAGCUCGGCGGGAUGGUCACGCUUCCUCCGCUCAUCUGGAAUUGUCCCGACCAAACUUCGAAUGCCUUCGACUACCCGGCCGCCGACGAGUUCGCCACCGCUCCUGCCUGCACCUACCUCUUUGUCGAGCUCGGCACAGGCGAUCCUCUUUACGUCCGAGACCCCACAGGCAUUACCGUCCGUCUGCUCGCCACGAAACUCGCCGACUUCUGGACGACGCCGCCAUCCUGGCCUCAUGCUCAAGCCGUGCGACAAUUCUACGGCUAUGGGCAGGAUGUCGAAAUCACGAAGUGGCACAUCUUGUGCGAUCACAAUGGCUGGGCAGGCUGGAGACCAGCUCAGGUUGACGAGGGUGGCGGCGUGUACCUCGCUGCGAACCGCUACGAUAGCUGA